AUGUCUGAUCAUCCUAUUCAUCGUGUAUCACUUGAUGGUCAAAUAUGCGUUGAACCAUCAUGUACGUCGAAAGCAAGACAUCGAUGUAAACAUUGUCAUAAAGCUUAUUGUGAUAUGUGUGUUCGAGUACAUAAACGAUAUGUUUUACAAGAAAUGAGUGAUAUUGCUAAACAAAUGGAAAUGAAUCGUCAACAAAGUCAAAUAGAAGUACGUUCAUUUAUUGAAAGACAACGUGCUGAUGCACGUGCAAAAGCUGAAGCUAUGCAACGUGAUAUUAUAAGACGAAUCAAUGAAGCUAAUCAAAAUGUUUUACAAUAUAUGGAUGAUCGUGCUCAAAUGAAAUUAUCACGUUUAACUGAUGCAUUAAAUACAUUUGAUAAUGAUUCAUCUGAAUUAAAAACAUCACUUUCAGCUGAACAAUUUCUUUCAGCUAAACGAAUUAUUGAAUUACGUACAAAAUAUGCUUCGAAUAUGUUUGAUGAUAGACAAAAUAAUGAUGAUAAUGAUGAAGAAUCAAAUUCAAAUUUAAUAACGACUAAUGAACAACCAGAAUGGGAAAAAAGCUUUUUUUCAAAUGGAGAUAAAUAUCGAAUGUAUGAUGAAUUAAUUAAUCUUCGUGCUAAAUGGCCAUUUCUUGCACCAGCUCUUACAUCAAUUUAUUAUGCUGCUGAAAAAGAUUUUUCACUUGAUGAUAUUCGAACAUUUCUUGAAUAUCGACAUGAUAAAGUUUUAAAUUUAUUUAAUGAACAUUGUAAAGCAAUUGGAAAAGGACCACUUCAUGCAACAGCUGAAGAUCUUUCAUUUUAUCGAUAUAAAUCUUCAAUAGCAAUGAAUCAAGUAAAUGAUGCAAACUUUGAUCGUUGUUUGCAUAAUGCAUCAACUCAUGAUGAACAUAAUCAUUAUCAUCAUGAAUUAACUAAUACAAUGAGUGAAUCAAUGAGAUUUAAUAUUUUCUCUUUACUAACAUUCAUUCGUGAUCGUAUUCGAUAUACAGUAAUUGGAGUUUAUUUAAUUAUAUUUUCUAUAUGUGGUAUUAUAAUGAUGAUAUUAUUUCUAACAAAUAUAAUCAUUGCUAUUGAAUAUGAUAAUUAUUUAGUUCAUUUAUGGGCUUGUCAUGGUUAUCCAUAUUUAUUUCUUGUUAUCAUCAAUAUAAGUAUUCUAAUAACUGCAGUUAUCGCUAUUGAAAGUGUAUUAAAUCGAUACUUUAGUAUUGAUCGAUUUCGUUCUCGUAAAUGUACUUUAUUCGUUUUAUGUGGUCUUUUUAUUCUUGUUUUAAUAUUAAAUCUGGAUAAAAUAUUUGCUCGACAUUUAAAACGAGAUCAAUCAAGUCUUUUAUUUUGUACUUAUGAAUAUCCUUUACAACAAUUUUGGUUUUACAUGAAUAAUUCUACAUUUUAUUUUUAUAUAUUUAUUCCAUCUGAUAAACAACGUCAAAUACAAGAAUUUCAAAUUAUACACAAUUUAUGGUACCGACGAACAUCAUUAGAAAGUGUGAUGACAAUAUCAAGUCUGAAUGACUUUUUUGUUAACAGUGAGUUUUACAAAAGCAUUAAAUUGGAACUUUAA